CACCUUACUCAGCUGUCACAAAAUUCUUCAACAAAAAAAAAACACACACAAAGGCAAACGCAAAAAAGGAAGAGUGUAAAUAAGAUCAUCUCCAAAAAUCCAAAGUUGCCAAGUGUAUUGAAAAUAAACUUUCGAUGCUGAUACUGUUCCCGGGCAGGCGUGGAAUAGGCCCACGUCGGAGAUAAGUUGAGUGGGUGCAUCAACACACCAUUGGUCGGGCGAUAAGCAUCAGCAAGCGACCGUACCACCUACACGUACCAUUGGCGACGGGGACAGUGAAAGCACCGCAGUGGCACUGUCACUACACGGGCAGCAGUGAAACACAUCAACAUUCAUCAUCCGUUGCAUUGUUUGGCCAGCCAAGGGCUGCCAGCGAAAUCGGACGUUCGCGGAACGUUUGGCCGGAGCCAUGUACUGUCUGCAAUGUCUCAUCCCGGUGCUGCUGAUUCCCAAACCGACGAAUCCGGCCCUGAUGCAAACGCACGUGAUGUUUAUCGUGCUCUAUCUGAUCGGUUUCUUCCUCGAGCGUAAACCGUGCACCAUCUGCAGCCUGGUGUUCCUGAUGGCCGUGUUUCUGGUCUGCAACAGUGGCGUCGGGAACUGCCUGUUCUGGGGCAACUGCGAGGGCCACACGUGCGACAAUGGCUAAUCGAAACCGGUGGGCGAAGGACCAAUGUUGCCGGAGAGUGUGCUGGUUAGUUGGUUGGCUGGUCGGUUGGUUUUUUCGUGAAGGUUUAUUUCUACUGUUUUGUAUCACACUUUCUUAUUCUGAUUGUUUUCCAUCGUUUUACCCCCAUCGACACAUUCGAUCCAUACGGCCAAAGAUUUAGAGAAUUGCGUGUGUGUAUGUAUUUGUGUUUCUGAGACCUGUAAGUGCAAUCCCCGCUGCAGGCAACAUGCGUUCGCUUCGUACCAGUUGUAGCUAAAUUAAUUGUUUUUAUCUGUUUUUAGUCGUUGAAUCAGUUAUUUGCAUUGCCCAGUAUGUUUUAUUUGCUAUGACCGCCCGCGGUGUUUUAUGGGAAUAUUUCGAGAACACAAAGACUGCAGGACGCAGAUCAAUCUUAAACGCAAGCAAACGCGGUUGUGCUGUUGUGCUCUGGCAACGAGACAGAGAGAUUUGAAAGUAGCUGAGUCGUCCUUAAAUGAGCGAUAGAUAUUAGACGUAGCCAUUACCCCGAUGUGAUCGAUACUGGAAGCGUUGCGAUUAGGUCCACUGUAUCACCAAACAAAAGAGAAAAACAGCAAAAUUAAAAUGCUUACAGCAAACGUACAGGUUGAUAAACUUUACUAGCGUAAAGCGUGCAGUAGUGACACGAUUUUGGGAUACGUCAUAUGAUUAUCUUAUUCAGGAUUAAUGGUUGUUUGUUGAUCAUAAUAUUAGCAGUUCUAAAUUCACAGUAAAUCAAUCAUGUACUCCCUGCUCUCCAUCCAGUGUUUGGCAGUAGCUAGUGAGCUCCCAUUUUUUCCGAAAGGAGUUUAAAAAUAAUCGUUACAAAAUUAAUCAAAACUGAACAUCACUUGUACGUCCGCACGAAGGUCCCGGUCGGAUGGAAACAACAGAGCAAUGGCCGACCGAGUAAUGCGUUAAAUUUCGAACUGAUUUUACGAGCCCUUUAUCUCGAGCCUGGUGGCUUGUCAGCGUGGUGGAACGUCUCCCCGCCGAUAGUCGCUUUGUUAUCAUGCACUAUUACUAUCUGGAGCACGAAAAGACGCUCGACGAUAAGCACGAACCGAUGUGGUCAAAACUAAAACUCAAAAGCAAAUCAAGGCUGGCAAGCGGGCACGCGAUCGAGAACGAUAAUUGUACAUAGUUGAUGAACAUAAGUGUAGUAUUUAUUUUUUUAAACAAACCCGUAAACAGCCCUAAAUGUCUCUAGGUUAGCGUGUUAAAAUCAAUUUAAACAGUAAAUGUACACUACUUAAUAAAAAACAAACUGGAUUACAAAUUACGAA